CAUCUUUCGUUGUUUCUGGCAGUAGAUUGUUGUGCUAGCUAGCUGGCUAACAGUCAGUCAGGUGUUUUGCUUCUGUCAAGCGUAACUAGCUAACAAUGGGCGCUUCGACACUGCCUACGUUUAUACUGACAUUAGUCGUUGUUUUCAACGAAAUUUUGGGAGACAAGAGACUAACAUUCGUCACUGUGCUGUAUCGUCAUGGAGACAGAUCCCCUGUCAAAGCCUAUCCUACAGAUCCCUAUCAAGACAGCUCCUGGCCCCAGGGCUUUGGACAGCUGUCUCAGGAGGGGAUGCGGCAGCACUUUGAGCUGGGCAAGGUGCUCAGGCACAGAUACCAGGGCUUCCUCGAUGAAAUGUACGACCGACACCAGAUCUCAGUGAGGAGUACAGACUAUGACCGGACCCUGAUGAGUGCCCAGGCUAACCUGGCAGGCCUCUAUCCUCCCAACGGCUCCCAGGUGUUCAGACCAGGCCUGGACUGGCAGCCUAUCCCCGUUCACACUGUGCCCCAGGCGGAGGAGAGGCUGCUGUCCUUCCCCAUGUCAGAUUGCCCUCGCUACCAACUGCUCAUGAACGAGACGGAGCAGACACCUGAGUUCCUCAACAUGACUGACACUUACAAGGAUUUCCUAGAGAUGGUGAGGAACAAGACUGGUCUGACGACAGCCAACAUCCAGUCUGUCUGGAGUGUGCACGACACCCUCUUCUGUGAGUCAAAGCACAACAUGAGCGCCCCCUCCUGGGUGACGGCGGAGGUGAUGGAAAACCUGAGGAAACUGAAGGACUUUGGCUUCCAGAUCAUGUUUGGAGUCUACAAGCAGCAGGAGAAGAGUCGGCUUAACGGAGGUAUUCUGCUGGGCCAGAUAGUGAAGAACAUGUCUAAGUUCUCUGUUCCAGACCCCCAGCGUCGUCUACGCAUGAUGAUGCUGUCUGCUCAUGACACCACCAUCGUGGCUCUUCAGUCCAGUCUCGGCGUGUUCAACGGCCAGCAGCCUCCAUACGCUUCCUGUCACAUGUUCGAGCUCUACCAGGAAGACAACGGGUCCCUAUCUGUGGACAUGUUCUAUCAUAACGACAGUGCCGCAGAACCCUACCCCAUGGUUCUGCCUGGCUGUACCCUCCACUGCCCCUUGGAAGACUUCAUCCACCUGACUAGCCCCUCCAUCUCAAACGACUGGGAGAAAGAGUGCCAGCUGGACGCCUCUUCCAGGGACUCAGAAUUGAUGAUUGGUCUAGCGGUAUGUGGCUGCCUCCUCUUUCUCCUCAUCAUCCUCCUCCUUACCGUCAUGUAUCGGCAGAAGGAUGUGGGCGGUGGUUACAGUCAUGUGAUGAAUGAGGGGGAGGAGUCCUGACAGAUGGGCAAGCUCUGCCUGCUGGGCAGCAGAGGCAGCCGUCGAUAUGACCCCUGGGACAGCGAGGACGACCUCUGAACUUUUCCCUCCACCUCGCAAAUUAACAGCUGGUGUUCUGCCCUGCUGUGACCACUGAUUGGCUGUCUACCUGCCACUUGUUGGUGCCACAGGAGAAGGGAACUUCUAGGUUGCUUCUAAUCUUGGUCUUGAACUCUGCCUUUUAUGUGACGUCCAGUCCUGAGUUUGACCUCUGAUAACCAGAGAGUUUAUCGCUGAAAGUUGAACUUGUGUGUGUGUGUGUGGCUUGAUGCCUGUAGUUCUGGCUGACAUUGUAACAGGAACCACAGGGUCCAGACUGUGUACUGUCCUGAGCAGGCCUUCACAUUGUGGUCUGAGGCUCAUGGCUGAUCUGGGGAAAAGGCUUGUGAAACGCUGGUACUACUGUUCCCCUUGAACUAUCUCUGAUCCCCCCCCUUCCCCCCACAACCACCAUCACCCUCCUGUAUCACCCCUGUGUAGCAUCCCUUGAUUUACACUGCAAUGCCAUUUUUUUUAUAACAUUGCUAACUGUGUUCAUUCCAUGUGUGAUUCCUGACUAGUUGUUGCUGUGCUCAACCUAAGAAUGUUCUUAGAAGAAUGUGAUGCCUCCUUCACGCAGUCCAAGCUGACACAAGCUUCUGAAUUCUAGGAUGUUAUGAGAUCUUCACCAUUCUAGGUUGAUCUUAACAUGGCAUCAAUGGCCUUCGCCAUUAUGUUUGAGAAUCUUCUGAGACCAUUACCAUUGGAUUCUAGGAUGUUCUCUGAGAUAAUUUACAAUAAGCUUUACCAAUGUCUUUGUAAUAAGGCUUGACAUGAUUUCAGCAGCUUUCUGAUUAUUCAUCUUGUUUUGUAAAACUAAUUAGCAAAGUUUGCAUUUUCUGUCAGCGUUUGUACAUUUUAUUGCAUCUAAAUUAAGGAUCUUGUGUUGUUAUUGCAACUUUUCCAAUGAGAAUGUAAUUAAUUCACACAAUGUAUUGUUGUUCCAGCGAUAAAGGAAUUCUGGGUCCGUUUAGGAGGUUGCCAUGGUAAGCUCACAGUAUGAGGUGCCACAUAAUAGUAUUGUCUUUUUAACAAGGUUUAUCCAAUCAGUUCUGGUGUGCUGUCAAAUAAAAUAUUGAACUUUAAA